AUGAGUCUUCCAGCAGCUCCCGACAGGCCCAGCUGGCCGUCAAUGGUUCUCCGCAAGUGCAAGGAGCAACCUGCCGUCCCACUCGGUGCUGGGGCUACUGUGGUCGCUUUGCUUGGUGCUACCUAUCACUUGCGAAGGGGAAACCGUAAUCGAUUCAACCAAUUCUUGAGGUGGCGUAUCUAUGCCCAAGGACUCACAGUCGCUGCUCUUAUGGUGUACGGUAUCAAUGAAAUGAAGGAGAGAGAGGCCGCUGGCAUAAUCGAACGUACACCCAACAACAAAAUUAUGGUCUACCCGCAAACCCCGCAACCAAGAAUCGUAGAUCAAGUCGAGCCCAUCGUCAUCAAGCCUUCUACCCCUUCAUCGCUGCCUGCCUCAUUAUCGACAGUCGUUGACUCGGAUGCGGAAGACAAGACUGCCAGUGCCUACCCGCUGAGGAAGGAGGAGAGGAUGAGUGUGUCCGACUUUGCCAAGAGGCUGAGAGCGGCUGAGGCUCUGCACAAGGAAGAAGAGGACGCGAAGAAAGCUUAA